AUGACCUCAGACUCAUUACUGCUCAGCAGCCAUGGCGGUAUGGUUGGUUCCAUGGGAGAGCAAGAGGGCAGAGAGCGAAGGUCUGGACACCGCGUCCGUUAUCUCGUUCUCAGUGUCCUCGUUCUUAUUGCUCCGCCUCCAUUGAUCUCCGUCAUCAUCCUCCCUGCCCCAGCCCUUGAGUCGGUCACAACGACCAGCUCCACGAACACCACGAUCUCUCGCAUUUCCCUCACCGAUGGGGUGACAUUCGACAUUCCGUUACCCACCACCAUCACCAUCAUCACCCCCACCUCAACCGUUGUGGACUCGUUCCCAACUACUCCUCAUUGCAAUCGCACAGCCAUCUCACACAUCGGCCCGGUCAGUCACCUGCAAAUCCAUGGCGCGGAGAUUGAUGAACCUGUGCCUGGAGCACCCACUCGCCCCAACUGCCCGUACAGACAUCGCACUGACCUACUAGGUCGCACGCGCAGUCAUGGAAACCUGCGAUAA